AUUGUACUUGGAAUCGAACGUGGGAAAUUCUUUGGUUGGGCUACCAACGCCCUUGGUUCAUGCUUUGUUAUUUAGGUCGUGGUCACUUUUUUAAUAUACCGAAUUUACGACCUUACCAAUCUCUCUUGCUCUCUUACUCCAGAAAAAUGGAAAAACGGACCCAACCCAAAUGGUUCACUCCAGUUCAAAAUGUUCAGGACGGACAGUUACCAAAUCUCUACCUUUAUAACAGCUUAACGUCACAAAAGGAUCUAUUUAUCCCGCAAGAUGGGAGGCAUGUUAAGUGGUAUACAUGCGGUCCCACCGUGUAUGAUGUAUCGCAUCUGGGCCAUGCCAGGACCUACGUCGCAUUUGACGUUAUUCGUCGUGUUUUGGUUGAUUAUUUUAAUUUUAAGGUCACUUACGUCUUAAAUAUCACUGAUAUCGAUGACAAGAUUAUUAAGCGUGCUCGACAAAAUCACUUGAUCAGUGAUUAUCAGCUCAAAGAUCCCGAUCUAGCCACAGUUGUCGGUGAUAUUGCCAAAGGAAUUCAGAAAAUUAAGUCCAAAAUUGUGUCUGAGACGGAUCCAGAUAAAAAAGCAUACCUAAACAGUGAAGUAGAUCGUCUGAUAUCCCUCCUAUCCACUGCGCCACUUGAUGAAGAGAAUCCAGUUAAUUACUUGAUACUGAACGCUCGUGAUGCUAUUGCUGAUACCUUGGACGCAGUCUACGGCGCUUCUAUCAGUGACCACCAAAUAUUCGAGGUGUUAGCUAGACAUUUUGAAAAGGAAUAUCUCGUUGAUAUGGAGUCUUUAAACAUCAUUCCUCCAUCAGUACUUGUUCGGGUUACGGAGUAUAUAGAUGCAAUAAUAAAAUACGUGAAACAAAUUAUAGAUAAUGGCUUUGCAUAUGUUGCUCCAUCUGGAUCGGUGUAUUUUGAUACAAAUCGAUUUGCAAGUUCUCCUAUGCAUUUUUAUGCUAAGCUUGUGCCAACUGCAUAUGGGGAUACUAAUCAAUUGGAAUCUGGAGAAGGUGAACUGUGUAUAACAGGAGAGAAAAGGUCACAGAAUGAUUUUGCUCUAUGGAAAGCAUCCAAACCCGGAGAACCUUCUUGGUCUAGUCCUUGGGGUAAAGGCAGACCUGGAUGGCACAUAGAAUGUUCAGUUAUGGCUAGCGAUAUUCUUGGGGAUACUCUUGAUAUACAUAGUGGUGGGGUCGAUCUGAAGUUCCCACACCAUGAUAAUGAACUGGCACAGUCUGAAGCCUACUUUGGACAUUCUCACUGGGUUAACUAUUUCCUUCAUUCUGGUCAUUUAACUAUAUCCGGUUGUAAAAUGUCAAAAUCUUUAAAAAAUUUCAUAACUAUUCGGGAUGCACUUAAAGCUCAUUCAUCUCGACAAAUUCGUUUGAUAUUUCUUUUACAUUCCUGGCGUGAUACAAUGGAUUAUAGUGCUGAUACAUUAGCUGAAGCUGUUGGUUUUGAGAAACAGUUAAUUGAUUUUUUGUACACCUGUUCAAAUAUUCAGUUUUUGGCGAAGAAAUCUUUGUCGAAUAAACACGAUUUGGAAGAAACUGAAGACGGUGACUUUAAACAGACUCUUGUGGAUAUACAACAUAAAGUAUAUGAUGCAUUAUGUGAUUCUUGUGAUACUCGAUCAGUUCUGGAUUGUAUUAAAGUUUUAAUGUCCGAAGCUGACUCAAGAAUAUUCAGUCGUAUUGAACCGAACAAGUGUAUUUCCAAACUGGCUGAUGAUGCUUUUGCUACAGGUCGUUUUAUUCUUCAAUUGUUGCGUAUUUUUGGAGUUGCUGAUCACACUGCCGUUGCUGCUGGUUCUCCGGUGCCAUCUGGAGCUAUCAUAGCCGGUGGUAAAGUUCCAGAACAUCAUGAAAGUAUUCCUUUAAGAGAAGCUGAUGAAAGUGCAUUUGGUUUUCGUAGUUGGCUUUCUCUCGAUACGCUAACUGAAGAACGUCUAAUAUCCAGUGUACAUAAGUCGUUGGAAGCUAGUUCCAAUUUCAUCCAAGCUAUUAUUCAUGAAGGUGACACAUUUAAGGAGAUUGUGGAUACUUUCGCCUAUGAAGUGCAGAAACAGUAUGGAAUUGAUAUAUUUAAUGUGCAAUCAGACGGAAGGCAAUCUUUGGAAUGCAUUUUGAAAACUACCAAUCAAGCUAGUCUUUCUGAAUCGACGUGCAUACCACAUGGAUUAGAAAUUAAUGUUUGGCCAGUUGUUCUUAAUUUUCUUCAUACACUUAUUUCUAUAAGAAAUACAGUAAGAAAGAUUCUAUCCUCAGGCUCCAUAACUGAUUCUUUAUGCAAGAAACGGUUAUAUGAAGCAUGUGAUCGUUUUCGUGAUAUUGAUCUUGUUAAUGCAGGAAUUCGGCUUCAGGAUCGAGCUACAGCAAUUGAUCUUAGUCGUGGUUUAGAUAUUUCACCUUUCAUUGGAUUAGUUGAUAAGAAAUUUUUGAUAAGUGAGCAUUCAGAAAGUAAAACAAAGCGUGUUGAAACAAAAGUUAUCAAAGAAAGUGUUAAACAAGAAACUGGACAUAUACCACCUUGGGAGCUUUUCCUAUCUGAAGUGGAUAAAUAUUCAAAAUUCGAUUCUAAGGUAAAUACGGUUAUUUGUCUAUCUUUGAUUAAAGUUAUUCAUAAUAUUACUAGUCUGAGAAUUGUUACUCAUAUGAACAAGUGCAUUUCUGUAUAAAACAAUCCAUUCCCUACUUUAAUACUAAAGUUUACGCUCAUUUUGUAUCUGCAUGUGCUUGUACAAAUUUGAUGGGCUUCAUAACAAUUUGUUUUUUGCUCGAUCCAAUGAAUUUUGCACAUAUGUACUACUCUAAUGUAUUAAAUUCACUAAUUCAUUAACUAGAUUAUUCCAUCGAAUUUCAUAUCUUUUAUCGAUAUGUGUUUGUGAAGAUUGUUGAAUGUUACUGAAAUUAUGAACCGAUCUGGAUUAGACAAUUAUUUUAAAUCAGGAAGCUCUAAACAGCUGUUUCAUCUUUGUAUGAGGUUCUUCAGGAAUGGAAAUGUACAAUCUCGCCACUGCAGAUUGAAUUCAGAAAUUCGAUUAAUGGUUUUCGUCACGAACUAACAUAAGCUAUAAUGCCAAAAUGAUAUUUAACUAAGGUAUGCCUACACAUGAUGCAUCAGGAAAUGAAUUAUCUAAAAGUGCUUUGAAAAAAUUACAAAAAUUGUAUAUUGCACAAGAGAAACGUCAUGCAGCAUUUUUAAAAAGUAAAGAAUAAUGUAAACGUUUAAAAUAAAUAAAACCUAGUCACUUUUUGUAUUAACCAUGUUUGGUGUGUUGCUCCCCCCCCCCAAUUUUUUUUCAAAAUCUUUACUUCAUUCUUCGUAAACAUUGUUCCAUUUUCAUUGAAUGUGUAUAUUGAAUUGUGAAUGAUGUUUGUUUUCGAUAUAUUUGAGGAUUUCAAUGUAGUUUUCAUUUUGAUUUUUUCUAUCUUUGAGACGGAUAUUUUGUAUAUUUUUUUUAGUUAACAGUUUGUAAAAAUAAAACCAUCUUAGGGGGAUUCUGUCUACACUUUAUGUAUCUACAUUUGCUAUCUAUGAUAUAUUAUUAGUUUCUACAUAGAUAUCAUUGUUGAAAGUGUAGAAUGUGUUUUGUUUUCUUCAUUUAGCAUUAAUAAUGGUUAUAUAUGUAUAUUUGUGUAAGGAAAUGAGAAGCAAUUUAAGACAAAGUAAUUAAGAAGAAAACAGUUGACGAUGUUGAAUCGAUUAUUUUAAUCUGAAAGCAAGUAAAUGAAGACAAAAUACCAAUUCAAUCAUUAUUUACAGUAUAUCAAUCUAAUUCGCUUUAAAAUACUAUCCAUUGGUAGGAACAUAUUUGUCCCAUUCAUCUCUGAUUCCAUUUAUCAAAAAAAGUUCUAAACAUUCUUAGAAAUUAGACUUGAUAUUGUACUCAUGGUGACUCUUCCAACCAAGCUUAGUUAGUGAAGUUGGUAGGCCCUUCUUGAGAAGAGGUGCACAUUGAAGCAUGGCCCGACUACCGGGCGGCAAUAGUUAUUUUUUUUAUCUUAUUUCCUGCUCAGUGAUCGCUGACCUUUGAUGUACCACGUAAAAGUGAUUGAUUAUACUUUUUCAUGUUGGAAGCAUCUUCUUACAUUCAUUGCACGGGGAAUUCUGUACUUUGUAUCUUUCGUUUUGUACGUUGUGUUGUGUUUCGAGUAUUAGAGUUCAUGUGUUUUGUCAUUUAGAUAUUUUAAAUGUCUUGUGUGUGUUGGAAAAUAUCACUUUAGUCAUCCUGCAGUCUUAUACAUUUUGUUGCGAUCAGCUAGCGGAAAUUUGUGUUGUUCCGUUUAUAUGGUGAUUGUGGUAUUUAAUUUGUGAUAGUUUCUGAAAUGUCUAUUUAUCUCCUUAACUGUAGUAAAUAGUCGGUGACAAUAUUGAUUUAUGCACUUGUGUAUGAGUUGUCUUUGCCUGAUUGGUUUCGGUUUGUGUUCUUCAUUUUUGUCUAUUUUCGAAUUUACUGGGUUUCUUCAUCCAGCUUGCUUGUAGUUUGCCUCGCACUUUUUCAAUGUCGAGACUAAGUUGUUUCUGCCAGUUUUUUAUGUGAG